AUGAACAUCUUCAGGCUUCUAGCCGACUUCUCCCACCUCGCGUCGAUCUUCAUUCUUCUACAGAAGAUGAAGACGUCAAGCAGUUGUUCCGGAUUGUCCUUCAAAUCACAAGUGCUCUAUCUCCUCGUCUUCGUCACUCGCUACCUCGGUGAGUCUAGAAUACACCUUCCUUCAACUGCUGGCCAAAUCGCACUAACACGGGGAAUCAUCCUGCUGACAGAUUUGUUCUGGACCUUCACCGAGUCGCUUUACCUCACUACCUUCAAGCUCCUCUUCAUUGGAUCCUCAGGCUACAUCAUUUAUCUCAUGCUGAACGACUACAAGCCCACCCAUGACCCAAAUCUCGAUACGUUCAAGGUCCAGUACCUUCUUGGAAUUAGCGCUAUCCUGGCCCUUCUCUUCCCUCACGACUAUCGUCUCUCCGAGAUUCUUUGGACAUUCUCUAUUUGGCUGGAGUCCGUCGCCAUCCUGCCUCAGCUUUUCAUGCUGCAGCGAACAGGCGAGGCUGACACGAUCACAACCCACUAUCUAUUUGCUCUUGGUGUAUACAGGGCUCUUUAUAUCCCGAAUUGGAUAUUCCGUUAUUUCACCGAGGCUUCCUUCCAGCGAUCCUUCCAGCCGGUCCCCAUAAUUGCAGGCAUCGUUCAAACGUUGCUUUACUCGGACUUCUUCUACAUUUACUACAACAAGGUUCUGAAAGGAAAGAAGUUUUCGCUCCCUGUGUAA